AUACGGAGUAUUUCCUUUCCUUCCCCGUCUCCAUUUUCACAAAGCCUUCUUCAUUCCUUCCCCUCCCGCACUCAGCGGUCCCGGCCACCGUUCACCGCCCAUCUCCUCGGAAUUCAUCAUGACGAAAUCAUCUCCACUCGUAUUCCUCUUCCUCCUCUCGAUCAUAUCCAUCGCCACCGCUGAGAUCAAGACGCUGAAGAUCAUUUCCGACUCUCGGCCAAUGAUUUUGUUCGAACGGUUCGGAUUCACCCGCACGGGCCGCGCCACCAUCAGCGUUUCAUCGGUUUCCGUCUCAUCCGCCAUCUCCACACCGGAACCGUCUCAGCUCGGAUUCUUCCUCCUCUCCGAAGAAUCGCUCCUCCAAGUCCUCAUCGAGCUCCAGCAGAACGAGGCGUUUUGCGUUUUGGACUCCAAUUAUAUAAAUCUCCUCUUCACCUUCCGCGACCUCUCUCCGCCGCCCGCCUCCUCCUUCAAUCGCUCAUAUCCGAUUACUUUUCCCGAUGAAUACUCACUUUUCUUCGCCAAUUGCGCACCCCAAUCGAAGGUCUCCAUGGACGUCCGCACCGAGCUCUACAACCUCGACAGUCUAGGGCAGGUCAAGGACUACCUCUCCGCUGGUCUAACCCAAAUCCCAGCCCUAUACUUCAUCUUCUCGCUAAUUUAUUUCGGAUUCACGGCCCUAUGGGUCUACAUCUGCUGCGGGAACAGGGGAUCGGUGCAUAGAAUUCAUCUGUUAAUGGCGGUUCUGCUUAUCACAAAAGCCCUAAAUUUACUCUUCGCGGCUGAGGACAAACAUUACGUCAAGGUCACGGGAACCUCCCACGGCUGGGAUGUAUUAUUCUACAUUUUCCAGUUCAUUCGUGUGGUUUUGCUCUUCACUGUUAUCAUCUUGAUAGGUACAGGGUGGUCGUUUCUGAAGCCAUUUUUGCAGGAGAGGGAAAAGAAGGUGUUGAUGAUUGUGAUUCCUCUCCAGGUUCUGGCUAACAUAGCAUCUGUUGUGAUUGGAGAAACCGGCCCCUUUAUCAGAGAUUGGGUUACUUGGAAUCAAGUGUUCUUGAUCGUCGACAUAGUUUGUUGCUGUGCAAUUAUCUUCCCCAUCGUUUGGUCGAUUAGGUCAUUGAGAGAGACAUCAAAGACGGACGGUAAAGCAGCUAGGAACUUGGCAAAGCUGACCCUUUUCAGGCAAUUCUACACUGUUGUGAUUGGGUACCUUUACUUCACGAGGUUUGUAGUGUUUGCCUUGCAGACAAUUGCUGCUUAUAAGUACCAGUGGGUUGCAAAUGCUGCCAAGGAGAUUGCCAACUUGGCAUUCUACAUCAUCAUGUUUUACAUGUUUAGGCCUGUUGAGAAGAAUGAAUACUUUGUUAUUGAUGAUGAGGAUGAAGAGGCUGCGGAGAUGGCUCUUCGUAGUGAGGAAUUUGAGAUUUGAAAUUGAAACCUCACACUACACCUCUCUAUAAGUCUCAACAUAACCAUACAUAUGCACAAUGAGUUGUUAUUGACUAUAGUUCUAGUGUAUACAAGUAGCUAGAUUUGUUUUAUUAUCCUCUCAUAUUUGGGAACCUAUUUGUAGCUGAUAAAAUCAAACAGGAGUUCAGUUUUGGAUAAUGGAACUUCUUGCAGUCUGUCUGUAUGUGCUUUACUGAAGUUAUGUUGUUAAUAAAUCUUUGAUGGCCUAAGGUAGAGUUAUGUGCAUGCUUGGUUGCUUAUU